AUGGAUGAACCCGAAUCAACUUUACAAAGCCACAAUUCUUCUAAAGCUCCAUCUGUUGAAGCUCCACCUUCGUCUUCAGACGCUAAUUCAACACAUAUAGAGUCUAAUCUUAGUACCGCUAAUACUUUACCGACGCCUUCAUCUAAUAAUGAUAAUUUAAAUCUGACGCUAAAAAGAAGGAGCGCAACACCUGUGGCAUUGAUUUCAGCAGAUAUUAGACAAGUAAGGAGUCGUGCCCAAAGAAUUAACGCAUAUUCCACAAAAUUUGAGCUAUUGAAAAAGGAAGAUACGGGAUUGCGAUCAUGGCUCAACUUGAAUAUUAUAAGUGAACUUCCGUUGUCUAUAAAAAACUACAAAAAGAGAUUUAAUGAAACUUUACCAUCCAUCGCAAGUUUGGCAGCGAAUAAAAUAUACUCUAACCUUUCGUUAGCAACGAGUGCCAGUAGCCAACCAACCUUGUCAUCGACAUCGCGUACCACAGAUAGUUCUGCAGAUAUAAAUGUAUCGGCUUAUUCAAGUUCACUGAAUUCUUCUAAAUCUUUUGCGCGGACUUUUUUAGAUAUAGCUGUUCAAACUAAUUCACCCAAAGGUCGUCCAUUAUCCCCACCCAUGUCACCCAUGUCAUCCAAACCUAAAACGCCUAAUAUUUUCCAUCUGAAUAGACGUGGUAGUAUUAGUAAGUCUGGUCGACCAAUGAUAAACAUGCCUCCAGCUGUGAUGAAUGACCCAUCUGCUAAUUCAGCUCCCUUGUCUCCAAAAUCACCGAAAACAACUUCACCUAAACGUCAAAGGAGAUUUAGUUUUCAAGCUGUUUCUUCAAAAUUAUUAUUUGGAUCAUCUGGUACAUCGUCAUUAUCUUUCCCAACUAUUGAAGAAAAGACGGAUACUAAUUUAUCCAAUUCAGUUGUCAUUGAUGAGAAUGCUUUAAAUAGAUUAUGUGACGUAUUACCACACGCGGACAGAGAUGUCUUGAUAAAAUAUUUGCGUGCAGCGGGUGGAAAAGAUGAUUUAAUUGCUGUUGGUCUUUACAUGAAAGAUUUAAAAAGCGGUGAAAUAUAA